AUGUCUCAAGUUCGCCGCAUUGCCCAGAUUGUCCAUCUCAAACCCUCCGCCGUAGCGGCAUACAAGGAAUGUCAUGCCAAUGUCUGGCCAGAGGUUUUGCAGCAAAUCAAGGAUUGUAACAUCAAAGACUACUCGAUUUUCUUUGACAAUGACCGUACUCUUUUUGCCACUUUCAAGUACGUCGGUACGGACUUCGAAGGCGACAUGGAGCGCAUGCGAUCGAACCCGAAAGUGAGAGAAUGGUGGGCGAUGACCGAUGGAAUGCAAGAGAGCCCCAUCCCCGGUGCUGUGAGCAGUGCGGAUGGGCCGGGCUGGUGGAAGGUGCUAGACGAAGUCUUUUACACCGACUGA